UGUGAUUUACAUGCAAAUACUCAAAAUCAUCUUACUUUCAAGACUUUCAUGAUUGACAAAACAUGACUGUUUUGUAGAAACUGAAGCAGCUGAUGAUUUGUUUUAAUCAUUUCAUGUUAAUGUGUCAUGCGCUCAGUGUGUGCACACAGUUGCGUAUGCAGAACUACAGCGCACGUGGAUGACUGUUGUCCGUACAGCGGACUCUGAUCAUUGAUCGAGUCUGAGUCUCUGAUCUGAUAUUUGCAGUGCCUGAACAACUCUGAUGCACAAACAACGCACUUGUUUGUUCCUUAAAGCGAGUAAAAAAAACUAAAAACUGGACGAGUCUAUAUAGGAGCGAGGCUCGUCAGUGUGCCGACAUAAAAAACUCCAAGACACGGCAACAGAAGAGAAGUCGCUCUGAACUCCAGGAUGUCUGCGUUGAAGCUGCUCGCAUAUCUCGGCCUGCUGCUCGUUCUGUCGUGUCUCAGCGGUGCAGAGGAACAAAAGUGCAGCACAUCUGCUCACAACUGUGACGAGUGCAUUCAGUCGGGCCCGGCGUGCGCCUGGUGCUCCGCGCCGAACGCCAACAUCCGCUGUGAUACCUUGAAGGGCCUGCAGAGAGCAGGCUGUCACAAGAGUUACGUGUUCAACCCUCGGGGCAGAGUGCAAGUUGUCAAAAAUGACAGCGGCACCGAACCAGCAGAUGCCGAGGCCUUGUCCCUCCGUCCCCGGGACGUCUCCCUGCGUUUGAGGCCGGGUGUGAGCGAGUCCUUCCCUCUCACGAUCACCGUGCCAACAGCACAGCCCAUCACAGAGCUCAUCAUGGACACGAGCGCUCUGCCAGCAGGAGUCAACGUCUCAUUCAGCACCAUUGUGAAUGAAAACCCUCUGCUGGUUGUACAGGUGACCGUCACAGCUGCCCAGUGUCCCAGUGAGAGGGACGACUUGAACCAGAACAGGACUGGGCCCUGGCCUGUCCACAUUAUACCCAGAGGAUUUUUACUGAGCGUGAAGUUAGAGAUCAAUCUGGAGUGUCAGUGUGACUGCACAAGAAACCGUGAGGAAAACAGCGCUGGCUGCGGCGGCCGCGGGGCUCUGGUGUGUGGGCGGUGCGAGUGCCGUACGCCGUACACUGGACCACAGUGCCAGGGAGACGUCGACUCAACGCUUUCACAAAAUGACGACUACUGUCGCCCGGCCCCGAACGCCCCCGUGUGCAGCCGUAGGGGAAAAUGCGAGGAAGGAUUCUGUAAGUGCGAGACGCGAGCGAACGUGGGAGAACGAUACAGCGGAAAAUUCUGCGAGUGCAGCAACUUUGAUUGUUUGUACCACAACGGCAGAAUAUGUGGAGGCCAUGGGAAAUGUGAGUGUGGACGCUGCGUGUGUGACGAAGGCUGGACUGGUGAAGAUUGCAGCUGCACCAUCGAGACCGCUUCUUGUAGGUCGAGAAACCAGAAGCUGUGUAACGGCAACGGGAUGUGUAUAUGCGGAAUGUGCAAGUGUGAAUCACAUUACUUGGGCCGGACCUGUGAGGACUCCCCUUUUUGAUUGGGCGGUUAUCAGCAGUAAGAGGAGUGGCGAAGAGUUAAGGAUGACUUUAACUGACCGGAAGAGUGUGUGACAAGAUGACAAUAAUGAUUUCAGUGUCAAAAGUAAUAUACAUAUAAAAAUAUAGGUACAAAAGUGGGGUGGACUACAAUUAGACAGUUCCAUUAAAUGGAAAAUAAGUAUUGUGAUUGUGUACUUAAGUACAGUUUUAACCAUUCCAAAAUAUCUUUACAACAGUAAAGAAAGGAACGUCAGUAUGAAUUUACAGUUCACCGUAUUCUGCCUUGUCGUUUUUCUAAUUUCAAAAAUAAACAUGAAACAACCACG